ACUGUGAACCAGGGGCGGACUGACCAUUUGGAAACUUGGGCACUGCCCAAGGGCCUGGGGUCAGUAGAGGGCCCCAUGAGAUGCCCCGGUACCUUUUUUAAUAGGCUUUUUUGAGUUUGGGCAAGGACACAGAGGCCCCAUGAUCCCUUAUUGCCCGUGGGCCCCAUGAGUUGUCAGUCCGCCCCUGCUCACAAUGAUGACGUUUUUUAUGUACUUGCGCUUACUCUCUCAAACUACGAAGUAUCUGAAAUGCAGAAGAUAUCUAAUCAGAUUCAG